GAGAUUCAAAGCACCAUCGUAUACGCUAUAAUUGCCCAUUGCUAUCAUACCAAUCCAGAUUCAGAUUCAAUCAUGAGCGAAUUCGCACAAACACCAAAACCAACUACUACACCUCCGCCACCACCGCCUCCAAACAUGACUUCUUCUCAUGAUACACCAAGCAAUAUCUUCUUCCCCCCCUACCUCCUCCAAGACGUCUUUGAGCAUCUGGACCCUCUGGACCUGGUCACUUGUAAGCGUGUUUGCACACUCUGGUACUCCAUAAUCUGGGGCCGCCGCCGGCUGCGACAAAAGCUGUUCCUGCCCCAAGUCACCGCAGAGGAAGCCCCAACAAGCCACCUCGUCAAUUCCCCGGAUGAAGUCUACGACCUCCACCCCAUUUUCAAUCAAAUCCAUUUCGACGCAUCGCUGGACCCCGCAUCAGCCACCUUUGGCCGACAAAAAUGCGCACUCUUGAAGGAAUCCAAGGUGAAGGACCAUUACGCUACCUACCCGGCGACUACAAGGGUUGAGUUGGACGUUAUACACUUUCACCCACACCUGGUGGUGGAGAAUGAGACGGGGGUGACGGUUUGGGACGUUAUGGAGGCGUUGGCGAAAUACAAAGCCGAGCCCACACACUUCACUUUCCAAUCGUUCUUCCAAUCAGACAUUUGCAGGAAGCGUGGGUACGACCAGCACCGGCGCAUGCAUCGCAGGGAUUUAUUGGGAAUAGAUAGCGUGUUCAUCACCUUCAACGAUAGAGACCCCAAAGACGGACGGGUAUUCGUUAGCGAUUCGUUCGAGUCGCGGGAGGGUGUCGCCGUGGGCAAGAAGUAUAGGUUUUGGAGCGCUUUUGCUUUUUGCGAAUUUCCGCCGAGGACCGAGUGAAGGUGGGUGGGUGGUGAUGUGAGUUUGGAGUGGGGGGGGGAGCGAUUGCGACCGUGAUGGUGAGGUGAUGAUGAUGACUGUGGCGCUUUCUCCUCUUUUCUUUUCUCUUCUUUGGGUGGCUUGUGAUGUUUUCUCUCCCGUCGUUUCGAAUUCUUUUCUUCUUUUCUUUUUCGAGUUUGGUGUGGGUAUUUGUCGAUUUGUGACUUGCGUUCGCUUAUCGAGGAGUUCUUUGGGAUUUUUGAUUCGAUAUGCUCUUGUAAUCUACCAAUAUUGGACUCUUUAGUACUUU